GGCAUGUUUGAGCCGUAUCUUAAGAGUUUCUUCGUACGCUCUUGCGACUCAAGCCACAUCAAGAUACUGAAGCUGGAAAUUCUGACCAACUUGGCGACCGAGUCUAGCAUCUCCGUGGUCCUCCGCGAGUUCCAGACGUACAUCGCCAGCCACGACAAGACGUUCGUGGCGGCCACCAUCCAGGCGAUCGGCCGCUGCGCCUCCAACAUCGCCGACGUCACCGACACCUGCCUGCAGGGCCUGGUGGCGCUGCUCUCCAACCGCGACGAGUCGGUGGUGGCCGAGAGUGUGGUGGUGAUCAAGAAGUUGCUCCAGACGCAGCCAGGCGAGCACAGGGAGAUUAUCCGUCACAUGGCCAGGCUGGUCGACACCAUCAAGAUUCCAAUGGCGCGCGCCAGCAUCCUCUGGCUGAUCGGCGAGUACUGUGACCGCAUCCCCAAGAUCGCGCCUGAUGUGCUGCGCAAGAUGGCGCAGACCUUCAUCAACGAGGAGGACAUCGUGAAGCUGCAGAUCGUCAACCUGGCUUCGAAGCUGUGCCUGACGAACCCGGAACAGACGGAGCUGCUGACCCAGUACGUGUACAACCUGGCGCGCUACGACCCCAGCUACGACCUGCGGGACCGCGUGCGCCUCAUGCGACACCUGGUGUUCCCCGCGGACGGGCCCAACAGUCGGCUCGGCAAGUACGCGCGCAGGAUCUUCAUGGCCACCAAGCCGGCGCCUCGUCUGGAGAGCAGCUUCAAGGACCGCGACCAGUUCCAGCUGGGCUCGCUGUCGCACUACAUCAACGCGCGCGCCAGCGGCUACCGCGACCUGCCCGACUUCCCGGCGGAGGCGCCCGACCCGAGCGUGCGCAACAGCGUGGUGCCGCUGCCCGAGCCGCCGCCCGAGCCGGCCCGGCUGCCGGCCCGACAGCGCGGCUUCUACAGCGACACGUCCUCGGAUGACGAUUCGGACGACUCUGACAGCGACAGCAGCUCGUCCAGCAGCGGAGAGAGCAGCGGAGAGGACGGGGAGAGCAGCGGAGAGUCCAGCUCCGAGGGCGGCGGGCCGGCGCGUGCCAAGGCGAAGGGCCGGGCACCGCCGCCGAGCCGCGGUGUGUCCUCGCUGCGGCCGCCGCAGGCGUCAUCCAGUGACGAGGAGGACAGCGGCGAGAACGGCUCGUCGAGCGGCUCCGAGUCGGGCUCGGAGGACAGCGACAGCAGCGCUGCGCCGCAGCCGGCCGGCGAGCCUGUGGCGCCGGCGCCGGCGCCGGCGGUGGCCGAGAACAGCGUGGACCUGCUGUUGAACCUGGAUGCCGCCGGACUGAGUGGCUCCGUGUGCCGGGCAGUGCCGGCGCCGGUCGGCUCCGAGCUGCUGACGCCGUCGCUGGGCGGCUUCCUGAGCCCGCUGGCCGGGCCCGGGCCCCUCCCGGCCGCCGCCGCCCCCGCCCCCGCCAUCGAGGUGGUUUCUGCCGCCCACGUGCCGACCACGUGCCGUGACCUGGUGGGCCGCGUGGCCGGCUCGGGUCUGGAGAUCAAGUACCGGUUCACGCGCGCGCCGCACCUCUACUCGGCCAAGAUGACCUCCGUGGAGCUGACUUUCACCAACACCACCCAGCAGGAGAUGCGCGACAUUCGCGUCGGGAACAAGACAUUGGCGCCCGGCCUGGCGCUGCACGAGUUCGCGCCGAUCGCGGUGCUGGCGCCGGGCGGCACCGUCUCCUCCACGCUCGGCGUCGACUUCCACGACUCGACGCACCCGGCCAAGUUCGACGUGCUCGGCUACGGCGGCCGCUGCGUGGCCGUCAGCCUGUCGGCGCCCAUGGGCGAGCUGCUGCGCCCCGUCACCAUGCCCGCCGAGCUGUUCCGGCUGAGGCGAGGUCAGCUGCGCGGCAUGAACGAGGCGGCUGGCUCGGUGGUGUCGGCCGGCGCCGUAGACCCGACCGCCGUGCACCGCCGCCUCCAGCAGGCCCUCAACGUGGGCCGCGUCGACUCCGACGACACCGCCGGCGUACUCAGGUUCGCCGGCCAGACGCUCUCCUCCGAUUCUCUUGUGCUGAUCACGGUCACGCUGCCAGCCGCCGACGCCGCCGAGGGCGCCACCAUCGCCAUCGCCGUCAACUGCGAGAAGAUGGUGGUGGGCAACAUGCUGCUGAAGGACGUGAAGGACCAGCUGAGCUAGACGCCGCGCCCGGCGGCUCGGGGCGCGACAUUCUGGGGC